CAACACACGAGAUACAAGCCAAGCCAGAGGACAUUCGUUUGGACAAGAAGUUAUUGAAAGUUUAAGGGUAAGUCUUCAGUCGUACUCAAGAUCAUCAAUCACCAAAAUUCAUCAUGAAUACCAAUGACUUCAUGAAAAUUGAAAAGAUCGGYGAAGGAACCUAUGGGGUAGUCUACAAAGCUAAAAACAGACAAACAGGAAAGCUCGUUGCUUUGAAAAAGAUUCGCCUUGAAGUCGAAGAAGAAGGCGUACCUUCGACCGCCGUGAGGGAGAUAUCGCUUCUCAAAGAACUAAAGCACCACCCGAAUGUCGUUGUCCUAGAAAACGUUCUCCAUGAAGAUUCUAAAUUAUAUCUGGUUUUUGAAUUUUUAACUUGCGAUUUGAAGAAGCACCUUGAUACAUCAAAGGGCCCCUUGGAUAGGAUGUUGGUCAAGAGCUAUCUCUAUCAGAUUACCAAUGCCAUGUAUUUCUGCCAUGCAAGAAGAAUCCUUCAYAGAGAUCUAAAGCCACAAAACUUGCUCAUUGACAAUAAUGGUUUGAUUAAGCUAGCUGAUUUUGGGUUAGGAAGAUCUUUUGGUAUCCCAGUUCGGGCAUACACACAUGAGGUUGUGACAUUGUGGUACCGUCCUCCUGAAGUCCUWUUAGGUAGCCAGCGCUAUGCCUGUCCAAUGGAUAUUUGGGGAAUUGCUUGUAUCUUUGCAGAGAUGGUCACAAAACGACCACUAUUUCAUGGAGACUCAGAAAUUGAUCAACUGUUCCGUAUUUUUAAAAUUUUAGGAACCCCUACAGAAGAACAAUGGAAAGGAGUUAGUCAGCUUCCAGACUACAAAGGAACAUUUCCAAAAUGGAGCGGAGAAGGCCUCAGAAAAGCWGUGCCAAAUAUUUGUGAUGAUGGACUAGACCUUCUUCAGGCAAUGUUAAUGUAUGAUCCUGCAAAGAGAAUAUCAGCCAAGAGAGCUCUGAAGCACAAGUACUUUGAUGACCUAGACAUUUCUUCUCUACCUGAAACUCCAGACAUUGCAUCUGUCAGCUAAAAUUAGUAUUUAGACAAUAUCUUCGCCUUUAAAAUGGUUUAWUAGGACUGUCCUUUUACUAGCCAUAUGACAUUUCUUUUGAGAGAAGCUUCAACAUUACUUAAACUUGAAAAAAAAUUUAUCGUGCAUUUUGGCUCUGAAUAUAUGUAUCAUGAUAAUAAUAUUAUUAUGCAGAAAUUGAAUGCUAGAUCUCAAUUAACUCAAUUUCCAGGAUAAUCUUAGAGCUAAUUGUAGUCAAGUUAAAAGGAACUGUUUCUUCAUCUUUAAAAGCACUUUAACUUGUACAUAUAAAUCACACUUAAUUAUUUGUCUGUAUAAUAUUACAUAGUUUUGGCAUUCUAGUUUUAAUUUCCAUGAAUUAGUUUAUACAAAUCCAGAAAUUACAUUGGAUGUUUUUUAUUUCUCCUUUGUGUAAUGAUGACCGUAAUGAAAACAAAACUAUGCAUAAAGGGGUAUGAAAUAUUUAGAUAAGGGAAACAGAAUACGAUAUAUUAUGUUAUGUUAUGUAAAUCAUUUUCAAAUUUCUUAGAGUGGGGAGGUUCAAUCCGUUAAACAAGAACAAUAUGCAACUA